AUGAGGGAAGUCCUAGUCCUGGUGGCUGUACUUGUGCCGAUAGCAGAGCUCAGUUCCAUAAGCUUGACGCGCGUCGAGUGUGAAAAGAAUUCCAGGUACUUCAGUGCUCUGAACGUCUCGGCUGUCAACAGUACAGUCACUGCAGAUAUUGGGUUGAUUCAGACCCUAAAGGCCGGAUUCCGGGGCCACAUUGACGUCCAGCUACGCCUGAGUAAUGCCAAUUUCCAGAGCCUGGUCCAAACCGACACGGACUACUGCGAGCUACUUUCGACCCUGAAGGAUUCACUCUUUCGGCGCUGGGUGAAGAGCGUGACCAAGAACAGCAACUUUAUGGAGAACUGUCCCAUUCCCGCGGGCCACUAUUAUCUCAAAGCCUGGCACGUGGACAUGGGUUUGGUACCCUCAUAUCUGCUUAGUGGUGACUACCGUCUUAGAGCCUUGGUUUACUAUGGGAAAUAUCGCUCCAAGAAGCAGCUCAUCAUAGUCCAGUGCAUCGUGGAGGCCACAAUGCAUAACAAAUAG